AUGGCACCGACAACCCCCUCAUCGGCGCUGAAUGGUGUCGUCAUCGGACUGCUGUCGUCUUUUGGCUCCGCCGUGCUUAUCGCCCUCGUUUUCCUCGUCAUCUACUUCUUCAGGUACACGGCCAGCGGCCGCAUCUUCCUCGAUCGCAUCGGACGACCCGGCGAGUACGACGAUGAGCAGGCCUUCGCCAAGGAGGAGACCGAGGCCCUCGAGUCCAUGGAUGACAUGCAGAGGACCGAGUACCUCAGGGCAAAAGCAUUCAUCCAAGCGAACCCGCCCGAGUCCCUCCAGACCGACAUCUCUCUGUCGCAAUACCUCGCCAUCCAAGAAAAGGGUGUCUCUGCGUGGGAGUUCGAGCCCGAAUUGGAAAUCGCCAACUGCUUUGUCGAAGGCCGCACCGAGAUUGAGUUCUUCGACUCCGAAUGCACCGUCAUGAGCAACCUGCCCGUGCCCAAGCAGAACGAGGUCUACUACUGGGAGGCAAAGAUCUACGAUAAGCCCGAAAAUACCUUGAUCAGUAUCGGCAUGGCCACGAAGCCCUACCCUUUGUUCAGGCUGCCUGGCUUCCACAAACAUUCCGCAGCCUAUCUGUCAGCGGGCCAGCGACGUUGCAACCAGCCCUUCGCGGCGACGCCCUACGGCCCUCAAUAUGUCCAGGGCGACGUAAUCGGUGUCGGCUACCGUCCCCGAACCGGCACCAUCUUCUUCACCCGGAACGGCAAGAAACUGGAAGAUGUCAUUCACGGCGUCAAGUCCCAGAACUUCUUCCCCGCCGUCGGGGCCAACGGGCCCUGCAUUGUGCACGUCAACUUUGGCCAGGCCGGCUUCGUCUUCAUCGAGGCUAACGUCAAGAAGUGGGGACUUGCCCCGAUGACGGGCAGCCUCGCGCCGCCGCCGCCCUACGGCUCCGAGCAGGGAGACAUCCUGCUGGAGGCCGGUCGCAAAGACGGGUACACGGGUGGCGGGCACCAGCGAGCGCCCUCGCAGACCCAGUCCUACAACCAAGCUAGCCUGGGACCUCGGCAUGGGCGGACAAGAAGCGGGAACUUCAGAGUACUACCACCGAGGAGCCCCGGUCCCGUAAGAAGCCCGACUGACAUCUCUCUGACACACUUCGUCCCCGACGACGAGGGCGGCGAGCCAAGCAGCAGCAGCAAUCGCGGGCACGAGGGGCAAAGCGUUGUAGGGCUUGGGCUUCAAGACGCCUUGAACCCGCCACCUGAAUACACGAGCCCCGACAACUCGGAGGCCGGCAGUCGCCGGAACAGCACGGACAGCGAGAACACGCCGUUGAUACGGGUUCUCAACCGCAAUCGGGGCGCUUCUACGACCGGCGGUAGCGGACCUUCGCACCCUCCGAUACCCAGCUAUACCGAUGCGGUCGAGGUCGCAGAGCGCACAAUGAUAUUUGAACUCAAACUGCUGGGCAGGACGACAUGA